AUGGGAGCUCGAGCUGAAUCCAACAUUGGCAUCGGCAAGAGCGACAUCACCGGGCCUGCUGCGGAGGUCCUCAUGAUGGGGUUCUCGGAUCUCAAGGAAAGCACUGCAGGAAUUCUUAACCGGCUGUACGCCAGAGCCUACUUCAUCGAAGACCCCGUCACCAGCAGCCGCGUCAUGUUCGUUCACUGCGACCUGCACUCUGUCAUGCAGCUGGUGCACCAAGAACUUCUCGCUCAACUCGCCACCAAGUAUAGCGGCGUCUACACCGAGCAGAACGUCGUUCUACACGCCACGCACACGCACGCUGGACCGGGAGGCACUGCCGGCUACUUCCUCUACGACGUGUCCAUCCUCGGGUACAUCAGCGAGAACUUCGACAAGAUCGUGGGCGGCAUCUUGGACGCCAUCGACCAGGCGCACAACUCGGUGGCGAGCGGCACGAUCCGCUGGAACAAGGGCGAGGUGACGAAAGGCGGCAAGAACCGCUCUCCUGAUGCAUACAUGGCCAAUCCGGAGUCGGAACGAGCCAAGUACUCGAGCGACAUCGACACGACCAUGCGUGCACUGCACUUUUCCAGCAGCGAGGGUAAACGUCGAGGUGUCUUGGCCUUCUACCCCGUCCACCCAACCAGCCUCACUGCAUCUAACCUAUUGAUCAGUGGAGAUAACAAGGGAUACGCUGAGUUCCUGCUCGAGGACGAACUGGACAACGUCGUCGUGGGUAUCGGCAUCGCCAACGCCGGAGACGUGAGUCCGAACCGGAUCGACAACGGAGACGGCACCUUCAAGGGCGAGGGCAAUUCCGCAAUCGUGUCUGCGGAGAUCAUGGUUCAGCGGCAGUAUGACACGCUGUCUAUGCUCAUUAAGAACGACACCCCAGACAACCCCUACGCCGACAAAACUUGCCCCGCCGUCUUGGGACAAAUUUUCGCCGCUGGUACCGAAGAUGAACGCGCACACAACAUGUUCACGGAGGGCAGCCAGAAGACCAACGAGCUGUUCAAGACCAUCGGCAGCAUCAUCAAGAAGACACCGAAAUGGAUAGAGGACUGCCAAAACGCUAUCAAGGUGCCGCUGUUGGCUGUCGGCCUCAUGGAGCCCGUGCCUUGGGUGCCCAACAUUCUGCCGGUGCAGGUCGUCAAGAUCGACCAGUUCGCUAUCGCCAUGACCAACUUCGAGGUCACGACCAUGGCAGGCAGAUGCAUCCGAGACACCGUCAAGACGGCGCUGGAGGGGGUUGGAGUGACCGAGGUCGAGCUCGCUUCAGUCAGCAACGCCUACGCGCUGUACUUGUCCCCCAAGGAGGAGUAUCACAAGCAGCACUACGAGGGCGCGUCGACGCUCUUCGGGCCCAACCAGUUGGCUGCGGUGCAACAGGAAUUGACUCGCGUGGCGAAGUCGGUGGCCGACCCGUCCGUGCCGUUGGACGUGGGGCCAGCGCCGCGGCAGAUCAAGUGUGACGCGGUGUCGAUCCCUAAAUUCGGGUGA